AUGCUAAAAGAGCGGAAGAGGCCGCCCGUGAUGCCGAAAAAAAAGAGGAAUACUGCAAAGACCAAGGCUGCGAAGAGACUGUCCGGGGGACCUUCUGGACAAAGAACAACAACAGUACCGCGAGACCGCCAGAAGCUACGACAAAAGAGUUCCGAAGUUAAGAACCCACAGCAAGAGACUGGUCAUUUAGUUGAGCGUGCCGCAGCUGCUCAUAGCGAGGGCCAGCGAGGCGAGUUCGUUGCAGGCACUGAGAACCAAGAUGGCAAUAAUCAGCCCUCUGAUGGCAAACAAUCACAUGAAGCUCCGUCUCAGAGCGAAGCCAAGCAUGCAGUGGAAGAACAGAGAAGCAAAGAGGGUUCUUUGGCAGAGAAUACCGAUGCAACAAAAACGGAUACGGGAGACGGUGAGACAUCGAAUGCUGCAGCAGCAGAGUCCAGCGAGUCUGGUGGAGCAGUGGCGGACCCUGCAAGCGAGGGCCACGCCGAUGGGCAGAGUGCGCAGGGGCCUGCCGGAGGCGAAGGCACACCUGAGACUGCAGCGGGGCCCACACACAACGCCCAGUCGAUUGGUGCGGGCAUCAGCAGUGAUGUGGGGGCGGACGGCAGCGACACUCACACGUUGGUGUGUGCCCCACUGCUGCUGGCGGUGCUGGCUACGCUGGCCUGCGGUGCUGUGUGA